AUGUUUCACCUUCCCAGGGCGGUACAAUGUGCCUUGAUUGCCUCAGCGUCUCCCUCCUCGUUACGAUACGCUACGAGGUGUAUAGGAACCUCUACAGAUGGACCCGGUGGGACGCGUAGGGGAUCGGCGCCUACAGCUGGCGGACGUCGCGGGAGGCCAUCAGCUCACAUGCGUAAUGAAGCAGCAAUAAGCACGAGUGGUGGUGCUGCAGCAAGUAGGAGUGCUUCACGCCAGGGGGCGCACAUAGAUUACGCCGCUGUUAGUGAUGGGAGGACCACCAGUCGACCCGGUGUUUCCUCCUUUACGAGAGCGGCAACAACAACACUUGGAACAGUAGGAGGGGGAGGAGGAGUUACAGGCAGUAGCGUGUCGCAGCUCUCCAUGCAGAACGUAAUGGAGGCGAAUCAAAAUCGAGUGUUAAGUCGGCAACCGCUGCGUCGCACAGCGAGUCAGACCGCAGCAGGAGGGCUUCAGGCAACACCCUCAGCAUCUGGUGUGCAGACCGCGCCGAUGGCAGCACCCGCCACGCAACGGCAGCAGCCGCAGCAACAGAACCGUCAAGUGGCCCGAACGUCGACGUCGAUACCGGUGCAGCCGCUGCCGACAUUAUCCUCCGUGCGGCCGCCGGCAACGAAGUCUCCAGCCAGCAGCAGACCAGCUAUCGCAACGUCACCCAGUGGAACGGCAAGGAGCUUGCGCACGCCGCGAACGCCACGGGGGACAAAGGCUGCUGCGAAACCAUCAAGUGCCGCCGCAGCCGUCAACAUAUCUGCGGCUACGACGGCGGGCGCGAGAGCGGCGGCAGCUGCGAUAGUGGCGAGAGCGUCACCCACGAGAGUUGCGGCGGCCGGGGCCGCAUCGGGGACCACCACCACAACAACAACAACUGCCGCAGGUGUGCGAGCGCGAGGAUCAGUUCCUAGUCCCGAUACGCGGGCUGCUUUGGAGAAGGCCAUGCAGGCGGUGAAUGCUGCGGUCAAGUCGGCAACACCCGCAGGGACGACGGUACCCAUUGCAGCAAUGGCCACCAGACCAAUCAGCCGUGCAGCUGUUGAGGAGGCGAUGCGGGCGGUAGACGCGGCCGUGACGGCCACGAGAGGUGCCACUACGGCAGCGAAUGUUGUGCCACCCCGUUCUCGGGUAUCGAAAUCUGCCCCAUCGCCACGAACACCCUGGGGAACUAGACCAGCAGCUAAAGCCACGACGCAGGUGCCCGCUUCAGCGCCUGCUGUCACCCCAACAGCAGCGGCACAGGGACGUGUGAGAUCUGCGGCUACGACACCGACUGCAACGGGAAAAACUUCACCUGCAAGGGCUCGGCGAAGGGCAUCACCACGAGGCGCAGGGGCGACAGCUGCGGAGGCAUCACCGGUAGCGAGGCCGGUUCCGGCGGCAGUAAACACAACCAAAGUAUCCGAAACGGCUGCAACAGAGGCGGCCGUGGCCCGAGCCUUAGCGGCCGCAGCUGCGGCGGCGGCACCUUCAAGGGCGAGGACGGCACCGAAGGCAGCGGGAUCGGCAACAACACCUGCGAAAAAACAUGUAACUGUAGUUACGCCCACGAGGACUCCGAGAGCCGCAGCUGCGACCCCUCAAGCGGUGACCGUGGUGACUCCAACACGGUCGGCGGUUGCAACAACACCUGUGAAGCCACAGGUCGCAGUAGUAGUAAGUCCCACGCGAGCGACUCGACCGACUUCGCCGCCGGCAAAACCUCAGGCGGCGGUAGGUACGCCGGCAAGAGCGGCAUCAGCAGUAGCACCCGCGAACUCCCAAAUGAUGAUAGUCACACCUACGCGUGCGGCACGAUCCACUUCGGUCCCUUCCAAGCCCGGAGUGACGGUGGUUACCCCCAAACGUGCACCCCGGGCAGCGUCAACGCCUGCCAAGUCCCAAGUAACUGUGGUUACGCCCACAAGAUCCCCGAGGGCAGGCGCUGCACCCGUAGCAUCACCGGCAGUGGAAAAGGCCCCCGUUCCCGCUGCAGCAAGUGUAGGGACAACAGAAACUGUUGCAACACCAACUCCGAGGCGGCGUUCAGCUGAGAGCGGAGCCAACACACCAAAGGGAAAGAGAUCAGCAUCCGGUAAGAGAGGUGCAGUAGAUGCAACGGAGGAAAAUUCCAAGGCUAGUAGAGUGACCACUCCUACGUCAACCGUGGCCACGACACCGCCGCGUGCCGAGGUUUUGAGGGAUCAUAGUAGUCAAGCAACCACUACCGGUGGUGGUGUGGCCAACCCAUUUCGUGGGCUUCACAACCACAUCACACGUAGCUAUCGACUCGAUCAGCUUCAGGCGGCGAUGAAGAUUCAUGAUCUGUUGUUAGGCCGGCAAGAGGUCAAGUCCGGUGCAUUUUCAUUUAUUCGUUUUGCAUGCGGACCGAAGUUCAUAAAUGACCACCGUGAGAUUGUAGGACCGGACGCUGGUGGUGGUGUUGGUGUUAGUGGUGCCGAUGAGAAGAAAGGCAGUAGCCGCAACAGUAGCCGCACCAAUGGCAGUGAAGACUGCCCACUUGUCAUUGCUGAACGUCUCCUUUCGUUUCCCCCACAUAUGCACCACUUUCACACCGUCUGUGGUCGAGAGAACGUUCCAUGUGACUUCUUUGCCGAUAUCGACUUACCGAAUGAAACCCCGGCCGGCGGGGAAAAGGCGUUGCUUGAGGUGUUGAACUAUCUUGACGUGCGAUUGGAGGCGAUUGGUUUUUCGCAGCCAUCGUUCCUUGUUCUUACCAAUGAGGUUCCGAGUGCGGGGAAGGUUUCAUACCAUCUGCAUGCCCGUUCCAUGGGGACACAAUCUGAUAGUGGUGGAGCCGCAGCUGCCGGUUCGAUGGGUUCUUCUGGUGGGAGUGGUGGAGCCGGAGUUGAUGAGCAUAGUGCCGGUGGUGAUGUGAAGCAAGGUAGGGGUCGAUCAGCUGAGGGUGGUAAGUCCAGGGCCUCCCAUGGAAAAAUUGUUGCCUUUCAGGACUAUCGUGUUGUAAAGCUUCUUGCCGAUGAGGUGAACACAACCCUCGGCAGGACGGUAAUUGAUGAGCAGUGCUACCGUGUUAACGGCAUGCUUCGCUGUGCCUACAGUAGUAAGAUAACUGUGCCACAGGGGAUGCCCUUAUCCUCCAACACUGCCGGAGGAUAUCAUAGAGGAAAGCGGCUAGUUCCGCUCUUGAAGGCGAAAGACACUGCGCUUCAGAAGCGUUUAGACGAUAUGGCUGCCCACUUAUGUACUCUUAGUGACGCUCAGAUACUGGAGCGGACCUUUUGCAUUCGCACCGCCCCCGUUAAGGAGCGGCGCGUUACAGAGAAUGAAGACGUUGAUAACGCUCAGAAGUUGUUGAGGGCGAGGAGUGAUUACCUCCGUUCCUUCAAACUCAUUCGUGCAAAGAACAUUGUAGGUGCUCAGAAUGCAAAGCCUGUAGAGUAUGAUGCCUAUGGUAAUGUUGUUUCGAGGUAUUUAACCGAAUCCGCCAAGUGGCAUCGUUUCAAGACAGCUGUGGAAAAACUUCACCGCCUGCCGCCACGAGCUGCGGAAUGUUACGACAUUUGGGUGCGUGUGGGCCUUGCAUUGCACAAUUUUAGCAACGAGGACCACGUGUUUGAGGAGUGGGUCCGGUUUUCUCUUAAGUGCCCGCAGAAGUAUUCGCGUGAGACGUGCAGGCGGAAGUGGCAGCAAUUCGAUCGCAACCCCGAUGCGCUGAAUUGGAGACGUGGAUUUAAUUAUUUGAAUAGUACCGUCUGGCGUUCUGUACCGGGUUGUUAG